GGUCAGCACCUCCAUUUCGCAAGGUGGACAUCACCCUGGGCUGCUCCUACCUGGGAGAAGAUGGAGGAAGUUUGUUGCAUGUCUUUGGUGGCUCAAGCUCCGAGCAUCCUGCUACCCUCGUGCUGAGGGGUGUCAGCGUCAGAGAUGAUGGGAACUUGGAUGAUGUAACUGACUACAAAGUGUCACAGGAAAAUCCUGACUCCUCUUCUCCUGUUGUCUUUGAAGUCUCAGCCCAGUCAGUGUCCAUCCCACACGCAGACUCCCUGCUGCACGCUGACUGUGAUGGGGAGGAGGUGAACUGUGAGAUCUCUCCGUACAGCUUCCAGGGGGCUGGCAAGGGGCCCUGCCGUCCCUCCUGGUUCAUGGCCACCAUCCAGCUCUCCAGCGGGAUCAGUAUCGCCCUGGUGCUCAAAGGCCCCCACUGCUGCAGCCAGGAGGAGGAGGAGGAGCACCACACAACACUGCACCCAAAGCUGAGAAUUCCUAUGAGCAAGGAGGGGACAGUGCUGACCACAG